UUCCUUUACUUACUUGUCAGCCUCUUGUCAGUCGUCCUCGUUAUGUCGCCGCUACGCUCAAGAAGAUUCAUUUCUUUUGCGGUCUAAUUCGCGGCGCGAACGUUAUUUACGACACUGUGGGCGCGAACGUGUAAUAGACCGCGUCUGCACGCGUGCCCCUUGCACGUAUACACGACGACGUCUCCGAGUGUCGUCGACGGACCUCUCGCCAUUCACGUGUGUGCACGUGUGUUGUACACGCGCCUACGCACGAACGCGUUCCCUCCGCCGUCUGCGCGAAGGAGGGAAAACGCAUCACGCGUUGCUCCUCGUCGGACACGGACCAGUUACAGCGGUGUAAUCGAUGUUUAGCGUGCCCAACAAUUGCUUGAAAACAAAAUGGAAAUUCAGCAUUCUCUUACCUUUUCCCUCCUUCCCUCCUUCUCCUCGAUCUCCUUUGCUUGUCCUUUCCUCGCUUCAUUUAAUUCAGUCAAGUUCUUUGUGCCGCACUUUUUCUCUAUAUUUUUAUCAUCUCUCGCGUCCUUCCUUUUCUUCUUUUCCGUUUUUUCCUCCUCCUUUCCAUUCUACUUCCGUUCCCCGUGCGCGUUCCCGUUCUCUUUUUUCUCCCCUCCUUCGAUUUCGCGUGCAUCUCGACGAGGGCCGUCGGUCUUGUACGCCACUUAAUGAGGGACGAUCAGUCGUGGUGCAGGUGCCAGAAAGAGUAUGCACGCUGGCAAGUGAACGUUGGACAAGGACGAGCGUAGCGGUCGCGGGAGUGGGCAGGAAACGGUUCGGUUCGCACUAUGUAAGACGACGAGGCGGCGGCCGAGGGGUCCGAUCGAGCCGAGUUCCCCUCGAGACCGGAGUCCGGAGUAGUGUCCGAUCGGCCGUCGCGCCGCGUGGAGCUUACCGUCGUUCGCGAUCGUUCGUUUCGCGCAAGAUCGCAGAGGGUACAGCCAAUCGAGGAACCUCAGGUUCCAGUUUCCGACGCGGAUUGCCGCGAACGUCAUCUCGAUUGUCCUCGCGCGAAAGAGUCCUCGAAAAUCGGAGAACGGGACGUCCUCGAUAGAAAGUGCGGGGUUCGUGAGAUGAAUCUCGUCGACAGGAACGCGCGAAUGAGAGAGGUGGUGAAGUGGUGACGAAGUAAACUCUCUUGCAGGCGGAUUUUACUCUCGACACUUGAUUCGCGUAUGUUUGCCGAGAUAUACGUGGUGAUUGCUGCCUCGAUAUUGUGAAAUCCUCGAAAAAGAAGACGAGGGAGCAAAGUUCCUUUCUUCAUAUCUUCGUUAUAUAUCGAUAUCGGUCGAACGAAAUGGAGGUGGACAAAACGUCCAAUAUUCUUCUGAUGUCGAAGAUCGGCGCGAUGGUCGGUCUUGGCUUCGGUUCCCUCGCCCUGGGAACGUUGCCGUUGAUGGUGGGACGUUACAGGACCAAGAGGCGACUUCGUGAGAAACGUCGCCAAGCGAUCUCCUCCAAUCAUUCCAGCACCUUCACGUCGACCUCGACGUCCAACGCGUCCACGCCGAUCGUCGACUCGGCCUCCGCGACGAACAAGCAAGGUCUCUUGACGUCGCUCUUGCUCUGCUUCGGCGGCGGCGUGCUCCUGUUUACGACGUUCGUACAUCUGGCGCCGGAAGUGCGCGCCAGCGUUGAGAAUCACCAGUCGAACGGACAGCUGCCCGAUUUGGGUACCCUCGGUCUGGCGGAGCUGCUCUUCUGCAGCGGCUUCUUCCUCGUCUAUCUGGUCGAGGAAGCCGUGCAUGCCGUCCUCACCGGCAAACCCGAGUCUUCGGAGGCGUUGCUCUAUCGGACGGUGUCGGUGCGAAGAUGCAACAACAAUCAGACGGGUCCGUCGGGUUCGUCGAUGAUGUCGAACGGCUCGAUCACCACCGUGUCCACGACGACCAAGUCCACCGUGUGGAAAGACACCGACGAUACCGAGGAUAACCGGCAUCGGGUGAACGUAGACCGGUCAAAACUCCAGCUCGACGAUUCUCGCGAUCAGGCGGGCAAGGACGACAAGGUGCUGCCGGCUAUAUUCGUCCUGCCGGUCGCGUUAGCGGACGAGGGACAUCGGGUUGUCCAGAAGCAUUCCGAUUUAGAGCUAGCGAUGCCGGAACUGGGCUACUCGGUCAAUCAUCAUCAUCAUCAUCAUUCCCACGACCAUCAUCAGCACGGCGCGAUGAUGCAGAAUACCUCGGUGCAAGGACUGUUGACCGUGCUCGCGUUGUCCUUUCACGCGAUAUUCGAGGGUCUGGCGGUGGGCCUGGAACCGUCCAUCAGUUCGGUCGUGUAUCUGGCGGCCGCUAUCGCGACUCACAAACUGGUGAUCUCCUUCUGCGUGGGAAUGGAGCUCUACGUGGCCGGCGCGUCGACCAAGACCACCCUCGGCUACCUGUCGAUCUUCUCCAUGGUCACGCCGAUCGGGAUCGCCGUGGGACUCGUCCUCGAUCAUUUCAAGAACGAUAGCGAGAACCUGGGGCCCACGCCCACCAUACUCCAGGGCAUGGCGGCCGGCACCCUGCUCUACGUGGUGUUCUUCGAGGUGCUGGCGCGGGAGAGGGCGAACGAGAAGAGCGGCUUGCUGCAGCUGGUCGCAAUCAUUAUCGGCUUCGCGCUGAUGCUGGGCCUGCAGAUCGCCACCGCCCAUUCCCACUCGCACGGACAUUCGCACGAUGGCCACAACCACACGCAUACGAUGGAGGAACAAUACGAUCACGAUCACGACCACGAUCAUGAUGACGAUCACGAUCACGACCGCGGUCACAAGCACAACGUCGUCACGGGGGCGAUCGACAAGGUGACCAACAGCAUCGCCGAGGCCCUCUCCAACGCCUUCACGUCCUCGCCGUCUACGGGACAGUCGAACGACGCGAGCGAGAUCAGCCCGUUAAAUCCUCAGCGCAGUUAGGGGUCCGAUCUUCGGGUUCCCGCAAGUACCAAGCUCCACGGCUGAAUCCUCUUCAGAGAUUCAGCGCAACCAAGAUCUCUCGGGAACCUCGAGGAUCUCGAGAUGCCUUUACUCAGGGGACUCUUCUCACGCGCAUUUUUUUAUCACUUAGCGAAAUAAGAAAAUGAGAUAUUGAGACGAGAGGUAGAUCAGGGUCGAGCUGACUUUUUACCGUGUGGAUUUUUGUGCGCCGGGGAAAAUCGGAUCGACGAAUCCGAGACCACACGUUUUCCUCACAGACGUGGCGCAAACGGCGGGAAACCCGUGUCGCGCACCGCUGCGCAACGUUGCAUUACGAUAAGAUGUACGUCUUUCAUCGACUGGAAACUCCGACUGGAAACUGCGCGUCGGAGAAGAAACUUUACGGACUUCUGACGCUUUCGCUAGACUAUCGCGAUAGGUCAGAAGAAUUUCUCGCUCAAAGUCGCGAUCGGCAAAAGACGCUCGUGCGCCGAUAUAUUGUAUUUGUGUACGAGGCGAGUUUGUUUAUUUUUUUUUUAGAUACGUAAUAGUGAGUAAGUUAAUCUGUAGUUGCAUGAUUAUUUAUAAUAAGUGCCUUCGAGACCAAGAUACUCCACGGUAUCGAAAAUAUUUAUUGGUAGUAAUGUACGAAGGUGUUCUCUAUGAUAGCAAUAUAAAAAGAAAUGGACGCCGAGCUUUUAUCGCGAGAGCCGCGGUCCAUCGAUUUCCUAAUUACUCAACGAAUCCGUACAGGCUAUGCGUAUUUAUAAUAAGGAAUUUUAAUAAAUUAUCACAGAUAUUUUUUAUUAA